AUGAGUCUGGCAAAUAAUACAUUGAUGCACCCAGAAAUGUUUUACAUAAGUGGCUUUUAUGACAUGCCCUUUGCAAACUGUUAUUAUGUGUUCUUGCUGGUUCUCUACAUUUUUACUGUGUUUUUUAAUGGUUUUGUUAUUUUGUUAAUAUAUUUGGAGCAGAUGUUUCAUAAUCCCAAGUACAUUGCUGUUUGUCACUUAGCCUUAGUUGAUUUAUGUACAACUACUUCUCUCACUCCUAAACUAAUAGAUACUUUUCUGUUCAACUCCAAUUUUAUCACAUAUAACGCAUGUCUAGCUAACAUGUUUUUUGUUCAUUUCUUUACUUCAGUGCAGUCACUUUCCCUUGUAAUGUUAGCUUACGACCGAUUUAUUGCUAUAUGUUUACCUUUACAUUAUCACAGCAUUAAUACCAACAGCAGGAUGAUGUUAAUUAUACUCUCAUUUUGGCUGCUAACAGUGGGCACGUCAUCUAUAAGUGUUCUCCUAAUUACAAGACUCAGCUUCUGCAGGUCCACAGUGGUGAACAGUUUUUUUUGUGAUAAUGGGCCGGUGUUCCGCUUAGCCUGUAAUGAUGUUUACCCAAAUCUUAUAAUGGGCUUUAUAAGUAUAGCAUUGUUUCUUUUUAUGCCACUGAUGAUCAUUCUUAUUUCAUACAUUGCCAUUGGAAUCACACUGUUAAAAAUUGCAACAGCAGAAGGAAGGCACAAAGCAUUAAAAACAUGUACAUCACACAUCAUGCUGGUGGCAAUGUAUUACAUUCCACUGGCUUAUACAUAUUUUGCAGGACAGUUUGCCAGUAUCAGUUACAAUACUAGAAUUCUAAAUAACACACUGUGUACAACAGUUCCACCAAUGAUGAACCCUGUAAUUUAUACACUAAAAACCGAAGAGAUGAUGGAUUUAUUAAAACAAGUGUUACGAAAGAAGAAAGUAAAGACUAGAAGGACCUUUGAGAAACUGCCCCUUGAGGAUAAAGGAGCCAAAGAAGCCCAGAAGGUGGCACUUGAUUUGGACCAUGCCACCCUGGACAGACAGUAUUCAAGAACACCACAAGAGCAAUUUAGAAGUCAACUAGCCUGUCAUUAUAACACCAUUGAGCAUGUGGUUUGA